AUGAAUUCAGCAGCAGGAGGGGCGCAGCGCACCACCAUGAAACUGAAGGACUAUUUUGCAAGAAUUUCUUACAAGGGUCCUCUGCAACCCCUGGAUUUGAAAACCUUGACGGCAGUUUUGCAGCGCCACAUCCGAUCAGUGCCAUUUGAAAAUCUCAACAUACACUGUGGGGAAACCAUCGAGUUUGGCUUGGAAGCCGUCUACAAGAAGAUUGUGAAGUACCACCGGGGCGGGUGGUGUCUCGAGAACAACCUCCUUUUCUCAUGGGUCCUUCAGACCAUGGGCUAUGAUGUCACCCUUCUGGGGUCUCAUGUUUAUGUCCCUCAGGAAAACAAAUAUGAUGAUGGCAUGAAUCACCUCCUAUUAAAAGUGGUCAUUGAUGGGAAAGCCUACGUUGUCGAUGUAGGCUUUGGCAUAGCCUUCCAGAUGUGGCAACCAGUGGAACUGGUUUCGGGGAAGGAGCAAACUCAGAAGCCCGGCACCUUCCGCAUCACCGAGGACAACGGGAUGUGGUACUUCGACAAACUAAAGCGCAAAGUGUACAGUUCUGAUUUUGAAAACAAAUCUCUCUACUUUGAUGGCCCAGAAGACUUGACUUGCAAGAAAAUUUUCGCGUUUACCCUGAAGCCCCGAUCGAUAGAGGAGUUCCGGGAGCAGAAUACGAUCCUCCAAACGGCCCCCGACUCGUUGUUUGUUAAGAAGUCGAUCUGUAGUUUGCAGACUACCACCGGCUUUCAGGUUUUGAUUGGCUGGACGCUCACAGAAGCCAAAUACGAUUACAAGGACAACAUGGAUCUGAUAGAGAGGACCACCCUUACUGACGAAGAAGUGGAGAAAACACUGAAGGAGCGCUUCAACAUAAGACUGAAGAAGAAGCUUGUCCCCCGUAAUGAAAGUUUGAUUCCUGCUUCUUAA